GCGUGUUCCGGUCUUCCUGGCAGAGGCGAGAGAGUAGACGGGACAGUGAGAGGUCUUCCUAUCCAAGGCCGUUUGUUUUGCUGUGCGCCCAUGGCAAACUUGUGUGCCGAACUGAGUCGCCUCCCCACUUGAUUUUUUUUUUUUCAUUCCCUCCUUCGCCGCUCCUUACUUUCCUCUCGGCGUCCCUUACCCACCCCUCCCGACCUUACCACUGAGUGUUAGCGGGGCCAACCCAUCGGAUUGGACAACCGUGCCCUAUCGUGGGUGAAUGUGGUCUCCACUCUGCGUUUCCUUGCCUGCACGGGCUGAUUAUAUCUCUGCCAGCCCAAAUUUUUUUUUUCCCUCGCCUCCCACCUCCCAACUUCCCGUCCACGGCAACUCCAAAAAUCACAUAUCAAGCCCUCCAGACAUAGAUUCCGACUCUCCUUCCAGCGAGAGCCUCUGAAUCUAUCUUCUCUCUUUCUAUUCAAUCAACAUUUACGGUGUCUGCAGGUCCUUCACCUGUGGAUUGCUAGGCCUUUGCCCCACCUCUACCAACACUUCUCUUCGCAUUUUCUAGGUCUCAAGCCAGGGCUUGCGAUCUAGAAUAUCUCCCACCUCCACCGCGAGAAUGGCUACUGACAAGGGACUCGAGGAUGUCCCCGAGGGGCAGAUCGAGUCCAACUACGAUGAGACCGUCGACUCCUUCGACGAGAUGAACCUGAAGGCUGAGCUGCUUCGCGGUAUCUACGCCUACGGUUUCGAGCGCCCAUCUGCCAUCCAGCAGCGUGCCAUUAUCCCCGUCAUCAAGGGUCAUGAUGUUAUCGCCCAAGCACAGUCCGGUACCGGCAAGACGGCCACCUUCUCUAUCUCGGUGCUGCAGAAGAUCGAUCAGAACGUCAAGCAGUGCCAGGCCCUGAUCCUCGCACCUACCCGCGAGCUGGCUCAGCAGAUCCAGAAGGUCGUAGUCGCUAUUGGUGACUUCAUGAACAUUGAGUGUCACGCCUGCAUUGGUGGCACCAGUGUCCGUGAUGACAUGAAGGCUCUGCAGGACGGCCCCCAGGUCGUCGUCGGUACCCCCGGCCGUGUCCAGGACAUGAUUCAGCGCCGUUUCCUGAAGACCGACGCCAUGAAGAUGUUUGUCCUGGACGAGGCCGAUGAGAUGCUUUCGCGUGGUUUCACCGAGCAAAUCUACGACAUCUUCCAGCUCCUGCCCCAGUCGACCCAGGUCGUUCUCCUGUCGGCCACCAUGCCCCAGGAUGUCCUGGAGGUUACGACCAAGUUCAUGCGCGACCCCGUCCGUAUCCUGGUCAAGAAGGACGAGCUUACCCUGGAGGGUAUCAAGCAGUUCUAUAUCGCCGUCGAGAAGGAGGAGUGGAAGCUCGACACUCUGUCGGAUCUGUACGAGACCGUCACCAUCACCCAGGCUGUCAUCUUCUGCAACACCCGCAGAAAGGUCGACUGGCUUACGGACAAGCUUACCGCCCGCGACUUCACUGUUUCGGCCAUGCACGGCGAUAUGGACCAAGCCCAGCGUGACCUGAUCAUGAAGGAGUUCCGCUCCGGCUCGUCCCGUGUCCUGAUCGCCACUGACCUGCUGGCCCGUGGUAUCGAUGUCCAGCAGGUCUCCCUGGUCAUCAACUACGAUCUGCCCGCCAACCGUGAGAACUACAUCCACAGGAUUGGUCGUGGUGGUCGUUUCGGCCGCAAGGGUGUCGCCAUCAACUUCGUCACCGCCGAGGACGUGCGCAUGAUGCGUGAGAUUGAGCAGUUCUACAGCACUCAGAUCGAGGAGAUGCCCAUGAACGUCGCCGACUUGAUCUAAUCACCAACGCAAUCAAUCCGUCCACAUUCUCGACCGACCCAUCUCGUCGUUCCAUCGCCGCAACGAACCUUACUUCUCGUCUUUGACGCACCACACUCUGUGCCAUUUUCUUUCCAUCUCUCUGGGGCAUAAGGGUUAAGCCACUCGAUAGAAGGGAAGUGAGGGGUUGCUUUGCUCGUUUUCAUCAAAAAGUAAGGUGGGUUGCAUCUGAAGGUUCGGCCGCUACUGUCGCACACCUUAAUUUUCCACGGAAGGUGUUUGGGGUGCUUGCCAAUGAUAAUAGGCAGGAUCUUGGGGUUUUCCGUCUCGUUCUCUCUCUCUCGUCGUUUCCUUGUCAUGUAUCUGUUCUACCUAGGUAGUUCUCACGCGCCGCCAUGAAACUCGUUCCUAGACAUCGAUCCUGUUGUUUCUCUUUGAUGAUAUCUUGUUGGAUGGGCCGAAAGGUAAAGAAAUGGUGGCGUUUGUUACUGAUCUGCAGUGUUGUUCGGUCCGGUCUUGUGUUUGGUGUUACUUCGGUUCAAGUUAAGCGCCCUGCAUGAGGACUCGGCGUCCUGUCGGCUACCCUAAUCCAUGUACCUAGCUAGCCGUAGGUACCUGUUGGGUUGACGGUCUUCCUCGUGGAGUCGACAGAUCGUCCAUGGUCUGGAUCAUUCGAUAUCACAAAAGAAAUAAGGAGGUAGAGGCUUGGUCAACAGAAUAGAGGUCUCAAUACCUACCUAGUAUAUUUGAAUCGUCUUCGCUUUGCCCUGAAAAUUAAGGGAUAAUUCAAACCCGUGCGAGAACUUUUGGUCGAAAUCGAAUCAGGCAAUGGAA